CUGUAAUCUUGGUUUUGAGGUGCUCCGCUCUAAGUGCUGCAGCAAAUAUCCGACACGGUCACAUAAUGAAUAGAGCUCUAAGUGUAUGCAAGGGGAUGAGACAUGUCGAGGUCACGAGCUCUGCGUGCCUCUCCGGAAUGAAUCGGGACUGACAGCGAAACAUUCAGUGAUCUCUCCUUCUUAUCCUUCCCUGUGCAUCUAGCCUCUCAACAAUUUCUAUCCAAAUCAGCAUCCUCACAGUUUAAUUAUCCAAGAUGUUGUCUCUUGCAUACUCUGGUUCCUUUGUAUGCUCGAGACUACUCAACCAUCCUCCAUCCUUCAAGUUUCACAGUCAUGGCAGAUCCCUUCUCAGAUCAAUCUCAUUGUCGACAACACGAAGGGAAUAUCAUAGACUUCUACAACUGUCUCGAGCGUCAUUCCAGGCUAGCCUCGCACGCCCAUCAAGCGUAUUCAGGCCGAUAACUCCAUUGCGAAGAUCGAACGCAUUUUCCACAACAUCGAGACGGGCUGAAGAGGGUAACAAGGAAGACUACAAAAGAGUUGCUAGUUCUGCGAAUUCUGGUUCGGACAACAUAAUUCCGUUUGUAGGACUUUUGUUGCUCAUUCUUGGGGGAGUUGCGGGUUAUGCGAUGGGAUCCAAUGGAACUGGAAGUCCUGCUGCGCCUCCGUCCCAGAAUAUGACUCAAAGGCCGAUGCUGAAAUGCUGGAAGGAGCACUGUAGACAGCAUCAGCAGGCGGAGCGACAUAGACAGUUUCUCGCAUUGUACAAGAGCUACCCAUAUACCGAGCUAGAUGUACAGGUAGCGACAGUAAUGGAGCCCGUCCUGAUGAAUGAAAUGAGAUCUAAGGUCCAAGAAACUUCUGUUCGAAUCAGAGAAACGCUUGAGGCAGCUCGACGGAGAAACGAAGCACCGGUGGAGAUGUCGAAGAGCCAGCCGAAAAGCCAGUCCUAGCUGUGGCUAGGGUUCAAGUCAAGGACAACUCGAACGAGAAGAAGAAACGGCAGUCUUUUGGCCCGUGAAGGAAUCUGAUUUGCGUAAAUUCUCUGGAAGCAGAUCUCCGCUUUAGAAACAUCG